UUGCAGUCUCUUGCGCUUGCAGAUGGGGCGUAAGGACAAGCAACAUUCUUGUUAGUUUGGGACUGUUAUCUCAGCUGAUCCGGCAUUGGGACAGUUGUCUCAUUCAUGCUGGAGCGGUUGCGCUGAGCGGAUCAUCUGGAGCUCCUGUGUAACAUCAAUAUGUAAACGAAACGACCGCUAUUCCAACGUGGAUAACAGAAAAUCGACUUAAUCAUGCGCAGACGCUCGUACCAAUGGAUACGCGUUCGACUCGUCCUGGAAAUGUCGGGGUCACUUUGAUUUAUUUGUCCGUAUUGUUUUUGAAGGUCUGCAACUGUUGGAAAUAUUCUUCCGUUAGGAAGUAUUUGAUUAUUGCCAUUGUGUGUUUUGUUUACUUGUUUUUCACCGUUCAUGUUAGUCGCACUUCUGCUCGCCAGGACAAGCGUUCUGAACUGUGGAAUGGAAAUAGCGUUUAUUCUCAGAGUAAAACCGACCAGGACCUUGCUGAUGGAGAGGUGAAUGACUCUGUGAGCCCGACCAGGUCUAAUGUGGUGUACAUAACCCUCAAAUCUAAGCGGCACAAACCGGCCAUCAUCAGGGGCACGGUGCGUCCCAAACUCCGGAGAAAGAAAGUUAAAGUGAGACAGCAGGGUGGCACACAGGGCAAAGCGAAGGACGCGGUGCACAAUACAAACACCGUUAACAAACGACUAGGAUAUGCUGAGAUUUAUGGCAGUGAUAUUGGCUAUUCAUCCAUAAGGAUAUACAGUGAAAAAGCUCCUCCAUGGUUCAGCUAUGAUGAUAUUACUGCCAUGCGCUUUCUAGCCGAUAGUAAAAUUACGCAAAUUGAUGAAGUGACACCUCCGGGCUUUUCUUCUUUCAUUUUAUUUAAAAGUGCGACAAAUGGCACGGAUGAUGUUGAAGAGUGUCAUAAAUGUUACGGUAUCGUCAAACGACCCUUGGACAUGAGUGAGGUGUUCGCCUUUCACCUAGACAGGAUCUUGGGACUGAACAGAACUUUGCCAGCCGUCAGCAGACGAUUCCACUCUCUUGGAGAUGGUCAGCCUUGUCCAGUGGUUUUGUGGGAUUCUUCUUUAAGCCCAGUAGUAGAUCAGCCUUCUGAGAGGUUGAACUGGGGCUUAUAUCAAACUUCUCUCAAACACAAAUGCUGGCAUCGGGGCGUCAUACCUAAACCAGAAUGGAGCUGCACCAGCAUCCACCAUAACGAAUGGAGCAAGCUGGUAGUCUUUGAUUUCCUCCUGCAGAUUUAUGAACGUCUAGAUAAAAACUGCUGUGGAUUCAAGCCUCGCCCAGAAGACACCUGUGUUGAGCUUGGUCACCAUGAAGAAUGUAAAGACAAGGACAGCACAGAGCUGACACACAUAAUCCACCGUAAACAUGACCCACACCACCUGGUUUUCUUCAACAACAAGGGCUACUUUGACCGAGAUGAGGAGAAUCUGAACUUCAGGCUACUAGAGGGAAUCAAAGAGUUACCUGAUCAAUCUGUGUCAGUAUUGAAGUCUCAGCGUCUCAGGGAAAAGCUACUGCAAUCGCUCUUUCUCGAUCAGCAGUACUGGGACAGUCAGGGUGGCCGUCAAGGCAUUGAAAAACUCAUUGACGUGAUUGAGAGAAGAGCCAAAGUCUUGCUCACGUACAUCAAUGCUCAUGGGAUUAAAGUAGUACCUAUGAACUCUUGACAGAGCUUCAGCUUUCAAUGCGUAAGACGAACCAACAACCUUUUGGUUUCCAAUGAAUGCUGAUGUUUUCAAAAGAUUAGUAUGCCAAUGAAGACCUGCUGAGUUGAAAAACUCUAUGCACUACAGAAAUUAAGAGCACUUUGUGGUGUUGGAAGAGCUGCUCCUGUUUAAGAUGAGACGAAAUGAUAGUUCUCCUGAGUGCUCUACAAAGAGUCCAGGUCUAAUUUUUGGCACCACUGACAUUCCACAAGUUAAAGGCACUGUAAGCGAUAU